CGGAUAUGGCGAGGAACAGCGCUGGCCCGUCGGAUAGAGCCUGGUGACCGGCACACGCACGCACACGGCUUCCCCUGCCCCCAACACGCACUCAGCACACACUCUGACACGCACUCACCCUGACACCCACCCAUCCUCCAAGAAAACUUAGAGGCCUUAAAAUACCCCACUGGACCCGCUACCCCACGGUCACCCACCCAUGGACUGAAUGAAGACCGCCUAUAACGCCUUUAGAUGCCUAACCAAAGAUCUGGAUGCGUGCGCCAUGAACCAGGAGAUGACAAUGGACAGCAUUGGCAGUUUGCAUGGUGGGACAAGCCAUGAGCAGGACUUGAUGAACAGCCACAGCCCUCACCACCACAGGAGGAUUCACCAGGACCUCACUUCUCCAUCUUCCAGGUCAGCAAUGGUCUCCAGCAUGGCUUCCAUCCUGGAUGGAGCUGGGGACUACAGGACGGAGCUGUCCAUCCCUCUCCACCAUGCCAUGAGCAUGCCUUGUGACUCCUCACCACCUGGGAUGGGCAUGAGCAGCACCUAUACCACCCUCACCCCACUCCAGCCUUUGCCCCCCAUUUCUACGGUAUCUGACAAGUUCCACCACCCUCACCAUCACCCCCACCACCAUCACCACCAGCGGCUAUCUGGCAAUGUCAGUGGCAGCUUCACCCUCAUGAGGGAUGAGAGGGGCAUCCCAGGCAUGAACAAUCUAUACAGCCCCUACAAGGACAUGACCGGGAUGGGGCAAAGCUUGUCCCCUCUCACAGGCAACCCACUGGGAAAUGGCUUGGGCUCUAUCCACAACACCCAACAAAGCCUUCACAACUAUGGGCCUCCUGGUCAUGAAAAGAUGCUCAGCUCAAAUUUUGAUGCCCACACUGCCAUGCUGGCAAGAGGGGAGCAGCACCUCUCAAGAGGGUUGGGUACCCCUCCAUCUGCCAUGAUGUCUCACAUCAACGGUAUGCAUCACCCUGGUCACCCUGGCCAUGCUCAAUCUCACGGGCCCGUGUUGUCCUCUAGCCGUGACAGGCCACCCUCCUCCUCCUCAGGAUCUCAGAUGAACAACUCUGGCCAGUUGGAAGAGAUCAACACCAAAGAAGUAGCUCAGAGGAUCACUGCAGAGCUCAAAAGAUACAGUAUCCCCCAGGCUAUCUUUGCCCAAAGGGUAUUGUGCCGGUCACAGGGUACCCUUUCAGACCUGCUAAGGAACCCCAAACCUUGGAGUAAAUUGAAAUCUGGCAGGGAGACCUUCAGAAGAAUGUGGAAGUGGUUGCAAGAGCCUGAGUUCCAAAGAAUGUCAGCUCUCAGGCUAGCAGCACCCGAAUUCGCCGGUAUCUUGCAGCCCUCUUGUAAACGCAAGGAACAAGAACCGAACAAAGACAGAAACAGCAGCCAGAAGAAGUCCCGGUUAGUUUUCACCGACCUCCAACGCAGAACGCUAUUUGCCAUCUUCAAAGAGAACAAGCGCCCAUCCAAAGAAAUGCAGAUCACCAUCUCCCAGCAGCUGGGCUUGGAACUUACCACGGUCAGUAACUUCUUCAUGAACGCCCGGAGGCGAAGUCUAGAAAAAUGGCAGGACGAUUUAAGUACGGGAGGAAGUUCUUCUAUCUCCAGCACUUGUACCAAAGCAUGAGGGGAAACAAAGGCUUAUAAUGGGGCACAACUCAACUGUAACCAAAAAAAAAACAUAGAAGGAAGAAUAUAUAUAAAUAUAUAUUUUUUUUGUCGAUGGGGCCAUUCACUGGUGACAAUCUUCUCCAUGUAUUUAGGCAUCAU